CCCUGACACAGAUUCUUUACGUCUUAGAUUUUCAGUUCUUGGGAACUUCAAUUCAGAUGUUGGGUUUUUAGAAAACACAAAUGAUCCUGGGAAAGCCAUUAAUGGUUUUACACAUAAGGAUUUAAGAGAUGGCACCAUUUUUUAUGUGCACAGGGGUCAUCGGAACUCUAGGAUUGUUCUGAGAGCGAGUGACGGAGAGCUGGUUAGCAACACGGUGGUGUUACGGGUCAUGGCUGUUCCUUGGGGCUUUGUAGUGGCCAAUAUAACCGGUGUCGUUGUAGAACAGGGUGGCACCGCUCUGAUUACACAGAGUAACUUGUCCGUGGAGGUUAAUGGUGAGCAGCAUGAGCUGGAGACUCGCUAUAAUAUCACUCACCCACCUCAGUAUGGCCAGAUUCAGCAGCUCCAGUCAAGUGGGGAAUGGAAACAAGUUAGUACCUUUUCUCAGCGCUCCAUCGAUCAGAGUCGUGUCCGGUAUUGUAGCACAUUCAAAGAAAUGCAGUUAGGAAAUGUUACGGAUCACUUUAAAUUUAAAGUUAACGUGGAAGGAAAAAUCAGCGAGGAGCUGAUGUUUCCAGUUACUGUACGAUGGCUGAAGUUUACACUUCUGGAAAAUGUUCCUCUAGAGAUCAGUAAAAUAAACAAGCAAGUAUUGAGUUCUGAUCUUUUGCAGGCUGCAACAGAGGGUGUGGAAGUAGCUGAGAGGGAACUACAUUUUAAGUUGCUGACCCCUCCUAAGAAAGGAAAAUUGCUCCUUGGCAAUAAAGUUCUAAAAAUAAACUCAAUCUUCAGCCAAAAAAAUAUUACAGACGCUGAGGUAAGUUAUGAACCUCAGGAGAGGCCAAGGGAAGACUCACAGGAUACUUUUAGGUUUUCGAUUGUUGCAAAACACAUAGAAUCAAAAGAUUAUACUUUUAGAAUAAACUUUAAAGCAGAUAAGACAAGAAUUAUUUUAACUAACAAAGGAUUAUUUGUAAAAGAAGGAGAAGGGAAAUUAAUUACAAAAACAGAGUUAUUUGUUCAAACCUUGGACAAUCAGAUCUUCCAAUAUAAAAUCACCAAGAGCCCUCAACAUGGGAGGCUGAAACUGAUUAGCUUUUCUGAUUCUCUGGAAAGUAAUGACAAUAUCACUACGUUCACAAAUCAAGACAUAGUGGGUGAACGGCUGAUGUAUGUUCAUGAUGACUCUGAGACUGAGUUUGAUGAAUUCUUCAUCGUGGCCUCCACCAAAGGACCAGGCCAAGAGGGAGCGGUCAGAGAUCUUAACUCAGAGCAUCUGUCUACAGAAAUCAAAGUCACUGUUUCUAUUGGGUUAAAGAAUGAUGAGAAACCAGUACGUGUGGUAGAUAAGGUCUUUCAUGUUGUGCGGAACGGCCAGCGCUUAUUGACCCUGGCAGAUCUCUGUUACCAUGACCCUGACUUAGAUUUUGACGAUGGGCAGUUGCUCUACACCCGGCGGGGCAUCCCAAAUGGGGAUUUGGUGCUGGCCAGCGACCCCACUCGGAGACUCUACCAGUUCAGACAAGAGGAUCUUCGGGAAGGGCGCGUGCUCUUCAGGCAUCGGGGCACAGACUCGGCACGCUUCGUGCUGUUUGUGACAGAUGGUGUUCACUACACGUCAUCCCUUCUUGAGGUCAGUGUGUCAGACCCCUAUGUCCAGAUAGCCAACAACACAGGGCUGCUCGUACGGAGAGGAAAAGAUGCCAGCCUCACAGCAGCCAACCUGAGUGUCACUACAAACCAAGAUGUCAGAACAGACCACGAGAUCGAAUACCACAUUGUGCAGCCCCCAAAGCAUGGCAGAGUACUGGUCAACAAUUCAGUCUCCCACUCGUUUUCCCAGGAUGAUUUGAAGCAAGGACGUGUGAUUUAUAGUCAUGACGGCAGUAGCAACUUUGAUGCGUUCAACCUGACAGUGAAAGUUAAAGACACAUACAUAGAAGCAGGAGUAUUUGUUCAAGUACGCUCGGAAGGCAACCAGCAUCUCACCCAUGUGCUGCACACCAAGACUCUUGUAGUUGAAGAAGGAAAACCAGUAAAACUGAGCAGAGGAAGGUUCCAGGGUGCGCAUGAAGAUAAUAUUCCUUCAGAAGCAGUGUUCAUUGUCAGAACUCCACCAAUGCAUGGAGACCUCCAAAAAUCUGUACCAGAAGAAGGCAGCUUGGGUGCAGAUGGAAAGUCCCCUUUGAUUUUUACACAACAGGAUGUUGAUGAUGGCAACAUCCUUUAUGUGCAGACAGCUCCUGGCCAACAACAGGACCGUUUUUCCCUGGAUGUGACAGAUGGUGUCCAAGUUGUGAGUGGAAUGGAAGUCUUGGUGGAUAUCGUCCCUAAGUGGAUUCCUCUGGAGGUACAGAAUUUCACAGUUCAAGAAGGUGGCUCCACAGCACUUCUAGACUACCUCAAAAUUCCAAACAAAUAUUUUGAGGGACUUGACUGUGAAUUUGUUCUACUUGAACCACCAAAACAUGGUUAUCUUGAAAGUUCUAAAUUUCCAAGAGUAAAGCUAAUGAAAUUUACCAGGAAACAGGUGGAAAAUGAAUUGAUUUACUAUGUUCAUGAUGAUAGUGAAGAGCUUCUUGACAAUUUCACCAUCUUUGCAAAUAGCUCAGAGCUUGGAAAACAGAGUCUGCCCCAAACUCUUUUUGUGACUGUUGACUCUGUAAAUGAUGAAGCUCCAGUGAUUAUAGCCAAUAACGUCCUCCAGGUGUGGGUAAAUUCUGUCACUGUGAUGACCAAAGGUGACCUCUGUGCAGAAGAUGUGGACUCCGCCCCACAGGACCUGGCCUACUGGGUCACUCCACCCAGCAAUGGGCAUUUGGCUCUCAAGUCCUUUCCUGGCCAAAGCAUCCAGAACUUCACCCAGGCUCAAAUCAAUGAGGGCCAGCUAGUGUUUGUACAUACCGGAGCAAUGUCAGGAGGCUUUAAUUUUCAGGUUACUGAUGGCUUGAACUUUGCACCUCGACAAAUUUUUAGCAUCACAGCUCGAGCUCUGAUCAUUAGCUUAGAAGUAAACAGAGGACUGAGCAUCUUCCCAGGUUCCACAAAGCCCCUUUCAUCUCGUGACCUGAAAGCUGUGACCAAUGAUGUGGACAGUGCAGGAAACAGAACUAUCACUUUUACGGUUGUAAGUUCCCCUCGACGGGGGAGGUUGGUGAGAAUGAACUCUGACGGCAGCACAGAGGAAGUUUCCGUUUUUACUCAGUGUCUGGUUAGCGAAGGGCUGAUAUUAUACCAGCACGUGGACCGUGAGAACGCAGACUGGACCACAGAAGACUUCUUUACAUUCACAGCCUCUUCCCCACCGGCAGCUCUAGGCCCUGAGGAGUUUCAUAUUAUUAUUUCCUAUGAAAUCAGUGAACCUGGACAGCACAGUCAUCUGCUUGCAAAUACAGGUGCUACUGUCAUGGAGGGAGACAAAGUUUUAAUUGACCAAUCUAAGUUAGAUGCUUCCAAUCUCUUAUUUAAAUUGCCCAAAUCUCAGCGCUCCUCCUAUGAAAUUUGGUUCCAGGUUAUAUCUCUUCCUCACCAUGGAACCAUUAUGGUUGGAGAAAGAAAUAUUACCAAAGGAAAACCCUAUUUCUCCCAGCAUAUAAUCAAUAAGUUUGGAAUCACAUACUUCCACGAUGACUCUGAAUCCCUGGCUGAUAAUUUUACCUUUGCAGUUUGGCCAAACCAAAAGAGCAAGUCCACCACCAAACCAGAAACUGACUUUCUUGAAGAGAUGUUUAAUAUCACCAUCUCUCCUGUUAAUGACCAGGCUCCAGAAUUAAAGACAAAAGGACUUCGCUUGAAAGUUCUGCAGGGCAGUAGAUUGGUUGUGGGACCUGAAAACCUGAAGGUGGAAGAUCUAGACAGUCCUCCAAAUGAGAUCACAUAUGUGAUUCUCCGUCAUCCUAAUAAUGGCUUUUUGACAAUGGCUGACCAUCCAGACACACCUGUUCACCAUUUCACACAAGCCGACAUUGAUGACUUUCAGGUGUGGUUCAUACAAGAUGGGAGCCCAUCUUCAGGAGUGUUUUACUUUAGUGUGACAGAUGGUGAGCACCUCCCUCUCUACAAGCUCUUCCACCUGGAUGUCAUUCCUGUCUCCAUCACCCUUGUGAACCUCACUGACCUACUUCUCCCACAAGGCCAGACAACCGUCCCCAUCACCAGUGCUCACCUGUCAGCCAUGACCAAUGGGAGGAGUCCCUAUGUCACUUACAAGAUAACAUGGCCCCUCCAGCAUGGGCACCUACUGAUUGAAAACCAGGUGGUCACCAGCUUUGGACAGGAGGAUCUGGAUUCAGGAAGACUCUCUUACCACAUGACCAAUCUCACUGCUGCAAAAGAUCAGCUACAAUUCUCACUGUUUACAUCAGAAAGCAACCUGACAGGACAAACACUGAACAUCAGAGUGCGGCCUUUACUGCGGGUUAUGUCAGACUUGAAAAUUGCCAACGGAGUGGCUCAUCAGCUGAGAAGAAAGGACCUAGAUGCUACUGAACUGGCUAAUAUGACUAACAGUGAUCCCAGAUUUGAAGUGACAGAACCCCCUGUCCAUGGAAGGCUAGUGUGGAGGGGGGCUCGCAGCACUGUGACCGAAGACGCUACUCUGUUCACUCAGAGGGACAUUGACCAAGGACUGCUGCUGCUUGACCCACACACCAAUCUAACAGGCACCGAUGUGCUGAAUGACUCCUUCACUUUCUUGCUCAGGGCAGACCAUGUACAGCCUGCGGUUGGUUAUCUCCCUUUCACCAUAGUGCCACCUGACCCCUUACUUUUGCAAAUUUUUACAACAGAUGUUCCUUUAUUUGUCACUGGAGAUAACCUUGUGACCUCAGUUCUCUCUCUGGAAAAACCUGUGGUUUCCUCAGGACCCGUGAUAGAGACAGAAACUCUGGGGAAGCUGACCCGGACCAGAUGGCAGGAAGCAGAUCCCUGGGGACGACACAGGGAUCAAGAGCCCAGCGUGGAUGGCAAGGUCUCUCCCACCAAGGUCAUCUGGCCACCAGCUGCCACCAAAGCCAGCCCUGGAGCACCCACUCAGCCCAGGGAGAGCAGCUACCCUCUGAUGGUGAUCCUGCCUUUGGCUGCGAUGAUCUUCCUAUUGAUAGUGGCUGCAGUGGCCUUAUGUGUCUGGCUGCUGGGCCGGAAGGUAGAGAAGGCAAAACCUCUUUUCAAGCCCCAGGCCGACCCAGAGCCCACAGCCCCAGGUCGUAGGCCAGAAAGAAGCACGACUGUUCCCACUGUCACAGUAACACCCCUUAUACAAAGCUCCAGCAGCCCUCCCACCAGUCUUUUCAGGACCCUGCAAUGUGAGCCAGUGGCAUCUCCUGUGUCUGAGCCAGUGGAAAAAUGUGUUCCUUGGAAGACAUGGGUAAACCUGGAUCCCGACAUGGUCAAGCUCUGCCGACAAACCAACCCAAUGCUGAAGCACAACCAGUAUUGGGUGUAGACUGAGAGCUGUCAUUUUUCAUUGAUCACCUACUGUGUACCAGGCACUGGGAUAGGCACUGGGAUAUAAAGGCAAAUAAAUACCAGCUGAAUGAACUGAGAAAAGACUGGCCCCACUAAUGAUGCAGUUCUCAGUCACAGCCCCAUGGUUACACGUUGGUAGGUGUUUAUUGUAACUUUUGUACGACACUCAUGGGCUUUCCACAAUGUGCUCUGUGUGUCCUCUCCUGGACCUUUCUCAGUAUACAUAAGUUGGUCAAUAUUUAAACCCUUUACUAAGGUGCUGCAGAACAUGUUGGCCCCACUGAAAACAGCAGCAUUAACUUGGGACAUAGAGUUAAAGGAGGAAGCCUUCGAAUACUUUUCAUUGAGGAUUCACUCUGAGUCAGCAGGGAGUGCAAGAACUAUUUCAGCAUGUAGAAAAGGUAAUUUAUCAAAUCAAUGAGUUGUUUAUGUAGGGCUUUUCUGUAAUGUCUUUUCCUCCUUGGAGUCUCUAAGUUUGAUUUCCUAAUGUGGGAAGUGCCUCCAUGCUCCAGGUAGUGGGAUACUUUGGCCCCUUUUGAAAGUAUUCACUGAAAUGCAUUGUGUUUCAUCAAGAGGCUUUGUCUUUUCUGAUUUGUAAAAUCAUCCUAGAAUAGAAAUAUUAUUUGAAGUCCUAAUGGACAGAAAAGUUUGUUAAAUGCUUUUGUGAUGCCUCAAUUUGGCUUAACUUUACAAUAAAUUGGAAUAAUGGCAAAUUUGUAUUUAAAUUGUCCAGUUGAGCCUACCACUGGCCAACUCAAGCUUCAACUUCUGUAAUUGUAAAAUGAAGAUAUCAAUACUAGUAUUAGGAAUGCUUUGGGCUGCAAAUCACAAGACAUCUACUAUCAUUAGCUUGGGUCAGGGAUUGGAAACCUUUUUCUGUAAAGAGUCACAUAGUCAAUAUUUUAGGCUUUGUGGGUCACAUAUAGUUUCUGUCAUACAUUCUUCUUGUUUUGUUUCAACAACCUUUUAAAAUGUAAAAACAAUUCUUAAUUCUUGGAUUUGGCCCAUGGACCUUAGUUUGCCAAGCAUUGGUUUAGGAAAAAAAAGUGUGGAAUUAUCUCAGUUAAGGAACAUUCUGGGGUGGGCAGUCUAAGGCUGGUUCAGUAGUUCAAGGAUGUCAUCAGGACUGAAGCUCUUUGGCUCUUUCUUCUCUACCUUCCUCAAGCUGUUAGCAUUUUGUUCUUCUAUUUACUUCCUUAUGAUUGUAAGAUGGUUGCUGAAGCUCCAAACCACACAACCACAUUCAAAGGCAGAAAUCACAGUGGAGGAAAGAGAAAGAUAGCAAAAUAAAGGACAGACUCUUGUUUUAUUAUUAUAUUUAUAAUCUUGUAAGAGGAGUUCCUCCCCAAACAUUUUUUCCCCUUUUAUGUCUCAUUGUCUAGAACUGGGUAACAUGAUUCCCAUCCCUUGACCAACCACUGCCAAAAGAAAAUGGGAUUCUCCUGACUAUCUGUCUCUCCUUGGGCUGUGAGGAGUCUACCAACUCAGAGAUACCAUGUAAUUAGGGAAGGAUGGGGGCAUAGCAAUGAGAUAGACAAUGGAUAGAGUCUAUUGAAAUAUUCCUCAAGUAUUGAAAUUCUGGGGAUUUUGAUCUUUCAAAUUGGUGUCUAAUAUUAAAUAUUUCCUUUUCAUGUUUUAAUGAUUUUCUUAAAGCCAGAGGCUGAUGUUUUUUAGUAGAGGUGGGAUGGGCUGUGAUGGAGGUAGUUGUGAGGGGAGAUAUCCCCCCUGGAGGACAUUUGGCAAUGGCUGGAAACAUUUCUGGUUUUCAAAACUGGUUGGGGGACGGUGCUUCUUGCAACUAAUGGGAAGAGGCCAACGAGGCUGCCAAACAUCCAGAAAUGCACAGAACAGUCCUCCACGACAAAGAAUUAUCUGGCUCAAAAUAUCAGUAGUGCUGAGAUUGAGAAACCCUGGUUUAAGCCAUAAUGAAGAGUUUUCUUGUAUACCCAGUGAAGGAUUAACAAACUUAUUGGCAAGUCUAGGCAAAAACUAUAUUCUAAAAACAGCAUGGUGGGGUGAAAAUUCCACAGCAUAUUGAAACUCUGAUUGGCUAAUGGUACACAUGAACAUUUUCAAAAAGAGGACAUUAAAACCCAAGCAAAACUUGACAGCAGACUCAUUUCUUUGUAUUUCUCCUUAUCUUACUUAGAGAAAGAUUUUUCUAACAGGUGGAACACAUCAGGAGAAAAAAAAUGAGGUAGGAUAUUUAUAAAGGUAAAGAUGAGGUCAAAGUGUCCCCAAAAGUCUGAUGCCUCUGAUGAGUUCCAUAUGGAAAAGAUGCUUUUCUCACUCUCUCUCUUUUCUGCUCCUCUAAGUCACACCUCCCUCCCAACCCAAUUUUAACUGCUCUUUGCGAAAACGCAUUUCACAGUCUACAGAAUAAAUGGAAGCAUAGCAUAUUUGGGCCUAGAGACACCUACUCACGUCUUAGAUCCUUGGAUCUAAUGCCAUGGACAACUGUUGACUGCCAUCCCUGGCAUGGACAACUGUUGCUGAAGAAAACUUCUCUACUCUUCUUCCAAAAGCACUUCCCUCCUGUUUUUCUGGACUUCUGAGUUAUAUAGCCUCUUUCAAGUGUUUUUGUUUUAGAAAGGAGGAGGAAUGAGAGUCUUAACCUAAAGUUGGCUUGAUCAUUAUGCAACUCAAAAUUGUUCUUAGGCCUGUUCUAAUCUGGGCACUUGGAAGGAAUAGACUGGCAGUGUGUGCUUGAGUCUGCACACACAGGGGCAGACUAAGGAGCGUGUCUGCAUCCAGUAAGUGGGCUUUGCUACCCCUUAACUGGGCAAGGGGAAUGCCUGUUCUUUGUGGAAAAGCCAGACAUACUUGGCUCAGUGAGCAUGUUGGCCUCUUCCUUGCUUCAGCCAUAAGAUCUCUGGAGCUAGGAUUACCAGCCUGGCCCAUCAAAAAUAUAUGAUUU